CAGCUAUUGCCUUUGGAGACAACAAGUAAUCAGUAUCAUCCCACAUUUGUUACCGACUGUAUUUAACACAUAAAUGAAAUGAACGUAAUUCGUUUAAUUUAUUUAAUACUAUUAACGGAAUUUAGUUGCAUUCUCUAUUAUUCCACUGCAGAUGAUGUGUUAGGAUGUGGAGGCUUCCUAAAAAGUCAUGCAGAAAUUGACUUUUCCAAAGUAGAAGUGAAGUUGCUGACAAGGCAAGGUUCUCUAAAGGAUAAAACCGAUUGUUCUCCUUCAAAUGGAUAUUAUUUUUUGCCUAUUUAUGAUAAGGGUGAAUAUCUCUUACAAGUUUCACCGCCUCCAGGGUGGAGUUUCGAGCCACAACAAGUGGAACUUAAUUUUGAUGGAAAAAAUGACAUUUGUAGUCAAGGCAAAGAUGUGAACUUUGUGUUUAAAGGGUUUGGUAUUACUGGUAAAGUAGCACUUGCGGGCCAAAUCAAUAGUGGUGCACAUGGCGUUAACGUCCAUUUAAUUUCGGAAGCUGAAAACAAAGAACGUCACGUUGUGACAAAUACAAAUGGAAUUUUUUCGUUUACCCCUAUAAUACCAGGAAAAUAUAAAUUGUUCGCAACGCAUCCGAGAUGGCAUUUCUCAAAAUCUGAACACAACGUUUUAGUGGAGAGUGGUAAUACUGAAUUACCUGAAAAUUCCUUAGUUGUAGGGGGUUUUGACGUACUCGGUCAUUUUAAUUCGAAUGGUCAAUUAACCGGAGGGAUUGAGUUGGCACUUUUCAGAAAGAAAGGGCAAACACUUCCAUUAUUAUGUGACCAAGGAAGACAUGGUGAAUUAUCAAUUAAUAACUCAAAUUAUGAAAAACUUUCGGGCUGCCAAACUUCAGUGGACAAAAAAGGUAAUUACAUUUUCAAAGGUGUUCCACCAGGCAAAUAUUUGGUGCAGCCAAUUGUGGAAAAUUCAACACAUAAAUUACACAUAACACCGAUGGUCAUAGAGUUGGAAGUUGACAAAGAUACCCUCUUAAUUAAAGAUGAAUUCAAAAUUACUGGUUUCACUGUUUCUGGGAAAGUUCUUAAAUCACAUUCUGGAUUACCUAUAGAAGGUGCUAUAGUAUUUUUGAACAAUGAAGCUAUAUCAAAGUCGAAUAAAGACGGUAGCUAUACUUUAGAAAAUGUAAAGCCAGGGUAUUAUAAACUUCGUGCGGAAUACCCACAAUAUCAGUUUGGUGAACAAGAACUUGAUUUAAAAAUAAAUACACCAAAUAUUGCUGAUUUAGUUCCUGUAGCUUAUGAAGUUUGUGGAAAAGUCGUUUCCCAAAAAUCAUAUGUUAUUGGUAUUACCAAGCAUUCACCCGUUUUUCACACAACAGUUUCAAGCAAGUCCGAAUCUGGAGAUUGGUGCACAUAUUUAUCAAGUGGAAAAUAUAAUGUUGAAGUCUUGACUACAGACCCAGAUAAAAAUAGUGGUAUUCAAUUUUUUCCUGUACAACAACAAAUUGAAGUACAAUACCAACCACUCAAGGAUAUAUUAUUUUCACAACUACGCGCAAUUUUGUCUGGAGAAGUGAAAUGUCUUCCAGAUGCUUCUGAGAUAUGCACAGCGGCAGAAAUUACACUGAACUCAUUAAAUUCAGAUGGACAGCGCACAGGCCACACAGAGAAGUUAAGAGCAAAAGGUGGAAAGUAUUUAUUCCAAGAUAUACUUCCGGGUGCAUAUGAGUUAACAAUAAGUCAAGAGAAUUUGUGUUUUGAUUCUACUACUGUCUUCGUCAACGUGGCUACAGUUAGACAAACUGCGCCAGCAUUUCUUCAAAGAGGAUAUGAAGUUACUAUAAUAUCAAGCCAUCGCGCUAUUAUGAAAUAUUCUUACACUGACACAGUGGUUCCUGUUCAGCAACAACAAUUAUUAGUGGAUACCCUUAAAUUACUAACAGGUGUUAAUACAUUUUGUGUGCCUACGUUCGGCACAUAUAAAUUUAAAUUGGAAGGUUGCCAUUUAUAUGACGAAACCCUACCUAAUUCAUUUAAUACAGCCGAAAAAAACCCCGUUAUAAUAACUGCUACAGCUCAUAAAAUAGGAGUUCGUGUACUUUCUUCAGAUGCAAAUAUUGAUUCUCUGCGUUUAAUUGUGGAAUCAAAAUCAAUUGGCAAGCAUACUGUAACACCAAUCGCUGAGUCUCAUAAAGUUGACGGGAAAUAUGCAUUCCGAUAUGAUGUUCACUUGCAACCACAGGAAAUAAUACAUAUUACACCACAAAGUGACGUUUUACUUUUUUCGCCUCAAAACAAAGAAUUAAUAGGGGGUAACGAUUGCGUAGACGUUGCAUUUAAUUUUGUUGCUACGCGAGGCUUGAUCAUUAAAGGGAAAGUUGUACCAGCUUUGGCGAAUGCUACAGUAAUUUUAAGUUACCCAGAUAAUCAAGAACUAACUUCACAAAUUUUGCAUACCAAUAUAAACGGCGAAUUCACAUUCGGACCUAUUGAUGAUAAUCUCAAAUAUGAAUUAAAAGCUGAAAAAGAAUCAUAUGUUUUCUCUGAUUACAAUUGGCAUACAUCUUCAUUUCAAGUGCAUAAAUUGUGUGAGAUCAUUGUGAAUGUCAAAGAUGAGGAAGGCAAAACUUUAAGUGGUGUGUUACUGUCGUUAAGCGGAGCAGAAAGUUAUCGUAGGAAUUUGAUUACGGCAGAAGAGCCAAUUAAUUUCCAUUCACUUUCACCAUCACGUUAUUUUUUGCGACCCAUGAUGAAAGAAUAUAAAUUUGAACCUUCAUCGAAAAUUAUUGAUAUCAAGGAUGGAGAAACUAGCAACUUAGAAUUUAUCGGAAAGCGUGUGGCGUUUUCCAUUUUUGGAUCGAUAAAUUCGUUAAAUGGUGAGCCGUUCGGACAAAUUAAUAUUGAAGCCCUCUCCGACGAAAGUUGUCAACAUCAACAAGAAGAAACAACGAGUGAAAAUAAUGGCCAGUAUCGUUUACGUGGACUGCAACCAGGCUGUACUUAUAUUUUAAAACCCAAAGAUAUUGGCAGUCCUGAUUCAAACAUUGCACGCUCAAUUCCUGAGACCCGAAUAGUUGAAAUAGCAAAAACCGAUAUACGUGGUGUGAAUCUAAUCGCCAUAAGUCCUAUUACAUUCGUUGAUGUUAUAGUACGUGUUUGUGCUACACUAAAUGAUCAUUACAAAACAUUUCGUAUUUUUAUGUACCGUAAAGGUGCAUCCGAUUCACCAAUAUAUUCGCAACGUGUGGAAACCCCUUUGAAUACAAAAUCAAAUUUUAAUCCUGGCAUUAUGGUAUUUCUUCCGCGGAUCCCUCUGGAUGGUAAGAGCUAUAUUGUGGAACUCAAAUCGACGCUUUCCGAUAAGACUUACUCUUAUAUAUUACCAAUGGAAACUUUUGUGGCAGACACCAGUUCAAUACUUAUUGAAAUGAAUUUCAAACCAGAGAUACGUACAGCUGAAGCGGAUUUGAAUCAAAACUCAAUUUCAGCUCUAAUUUUAGUUGCUUUGGUGUCGAUUGCUUUCUUUAAACAAGAUAUUGCUAUGGACUUCUUAAACUUUAUCUGGAAUAAAGGAAAUAAUAUAGCUCGUGACAUUGCACAAAAGCAGGAAAUCAGCAGAAAAAAGGAAUUACGUAAUGUCGAACCAAUAAAUCAAAGAAAAAUUGAUAAAAUUGCUGAUCAAAUAAAUUCAGUAACAAAAAAAAAAGCUAAAAGAAUAUGAUACUAAAUCAGGUUCACUUAACUAUUUUCGGUUAAUUGUGUACCCUAUCUAAGUAAAAUAUUGAUGCAAAUUAAGUAUUUUAAAUUUAUUAUCCAUUGUAAAAAGAUACAAUUAAACACUGUCGAAAUAAAUUAUUUAGACCGAACCAA